AUGUUUUGGCCCUUGACAGAACCGUCAACUUCGAAUGCAGCAUGGGCGGAUCGAAGCUAUUUAGACAAUGGAUGUUUGGUGUGCGGUGAUCCGAAUGGUAAAAAACACUAUGGUGCAAUGUCUUGUAAUGGAUGUAAAGGAUUUUUCAGACGAAGGUAUGUUUUCUAGCCUAAAAAUUAAUUUCUCCAAAACAAAAUAUUAUUACAGUAUCUGGGAGAAAAGAAAAUAUACAUGCAGUUUCAAUAAUCAAUGUAUAAUCGAAUUUAAAUAUCGCAAUCGAUGUCGAGCUUGUCGAUUAAAGCGAUGUCUAUAUGUUGGGAUGGACGCAAACGCCGUGCGAACUGAAAGAAUUCGGAAAGACGGAAUUAAAAUCGAACCAAAGACUGAAUAUGAAUCGGAAGCUGAUGAUGAAUGUCCGCAAUUUGAUGUGAAACCGGAUAUUGUUAUGACAAAUCUCACACAUCAAAUCAUCAAAGAUCUCGUUGAUAAAGAACACUAUGUUUUGAGUUUAGAAGAGCGCAUCAAUUUUAAUGAGCAAGUUUUUACAAUGGAUAUACCUAUGAUGGAAGCGUCUGAAUGUCCAAUCAAAGUUUGUCGACGAACCAAGGUUUGGAUAACAUCUAACAAUGUAUUAACAACUAAAUUUGUUUCAAAUAAAAAAGAAUUUCAAACUUUCAGCUAAACUGGGAUUGCACAGCUCGCCCAUUAAUCACAACCGAAGCACUGCGUUUCAAUUGGUGUCGAACAUUCACACUCACCGUUGAUUGGUUCAACACCCUUCCAGAAAUUCGUGCACUAAUCCCACAAGAUCGUGUUCUACUGGUGAAGUUGAAUCUGAUGCCAGUUGGUUGGCUAUGGUACGCUUAUAAAUCCUACGAGUACAAAAGUGAUGGCAUUGUUUUUGUUGAUGGAAGUUGGUAUCCACGUGACAAAACAAUUCAGAAAACGUCCAUUGGGAGUGUGUAAGUUCAGCACUUAGAAUUAGUCUAGACAUCAGAAAAACAUAUCUUUUUCAGGUGUAACUUCUACUAUUCAAGGAUCACUGAAUUGUUUAUGCACGAAGUUGUCAACGAAAUGAAAAACCUACAAAUUGACGAAACCGAAAUGAUACUUCUCAAAACUCUUUGUCAUUUAACCCCGGAUUAUCGAUUAUCAAUGCGAGGAAACGAUGUCAUCAAAGCUGGAAAACAGAAAUAUAAACGUGUUCUCUCUGAGUAUGUCAGAAUGAAGUUUCCCGGAUACACUGAAUCAGCUCUACGACUUUCUAAAUUAUUGCAACUCUUACCAGCUGUAGAGGUACUUAUAGUUCUGACAAAACUCACUCAAAAAAAAUUUCAUAAUUACAGAACCUUGGUCGAUACGAAGAUGAAAGUGCAAUUUUAUUAUCACUAGUCGAAUCAGAAUUCAAUCCAGUCGAAUCAGGAGGUCUUCCUCUCGCAAUACAUUCAAACGUCGGUCAACAACAACAACAAGAAUCUCAAUUAUAUUCCAAUUAA